GAGGGAGGGAGGGAGCGAGAGAAAGAGAGGGAGGGAGGGAGAUACAGAGAGAGAGAGAGAGGUUACUCUUUUCAUUCCAGCCAAUGAGACAGUCGAUACACUAAGAUUUUCAUAGUUGUGCAGGAGCACAAAGUGGACGGCGUGUGUGUAUGUGUGUGUAUGGGAGAGUGUGUGUGCGUGCGUGCGAACUUCCAGGUAAAACUGCAAAGCGACCUAAAGUCCUCGCGGCCGCUGCUCCAGGAUUUGAUGCCCACACACUCUUUGAAGCAGGUGGACAGACGCAGACAUGAGUAGCAGUGGGACCAAAGAGCCGUCUCCUGAGUCGAGCGCUGCCCAGUCGACCGAGGAGCCUCAGCGCAGGGGCAGGGGUCGACCCCGGAAACAACAGCAGGAACCUGUCGGACCACCGACUCCAAAGCGACCGAGAGGACGACCAAAAGGCAGCAAGGACAAAGGCCCCAGAACCGCACUGAAGAAAGUAGAGCCUGUGGGGGAGAGACGACCACGAGGGCGACCGAGGAAAUGGCCUCGAAAAGUCGUCCCCGAAGUGACUGAAGAGCAGCAGGGCCCGUCAGAGGAGGCCGAGGAGGGUCCCUCGUCRUCUCAGGUGCCCGCACAGGAGAAAGGGGAGUAGAUGGGAUACCUCUCUACCUACCUCAGUGUUUGGCCUCAAGCAAACAGGGGUACAAUCUGACUCCUAUCUGUGAUGGGAAAUCAGUGACACACACAUACACACACCCUCAAAAAUCACUGCAGACUGCAGUUUCCUCUCCCGAUCUGAACAGCAUCAUGGAUUUGUUGUUGUCUGUUGUUGAUUUUUUUUUUUUUUGCAAACUCUCCUUUAACGCUGGAACCUUUGAUCUUAUUCGUUUUUUGUUGUUUUUUUAAGGUAUGGUUCCACAUUUGGGGAAAAGCAUUUAUAGUCUUAGUUAUCGUUGGGAGGUUCCUUUUUUUAUACGCAGACAGGUGACAAAUUUAAGGAAAACCCUGUUUUAGUGUCUGUUUGGUGUUUUAAUGACAGUUCUUUAACAAGAUCAAGACCUGGUGAUUGUAAAGGCCAUAAUGUGGGAGUUGUGUCAUUCAUAAACCUUUAGGUGAUUUUUGUGCCUUUAUAAAUGAAAAAGAAAAAAGUUCCUCGUGUAGAUAGAGCACCCUCAACUGGUUAAAAAAUGUUUUAUAAAAUAAUAAAAUAGUGCAUGUUGGUUUGUUUUAACCUCUCAGCCCAAAGGCCUUAGACAAAAACUUGUGUCGAGGGGAAAAACCGCCUUUGACCGCCUUUGUACUUGCCAUGUGCAUUGUCCACAGCUGUCUCAGUUUAUUUACUUACAGCCGAAGUGACGAAAAAUAGAUCAACAAUGGCGACGUCCAGAGAAAGGCUGUUUGGGAUCAAUAAGUCUGACAGUUUUAAUGUGUUGGUGCAUGUCGACGCUCAGAUUUGUGGAGUUAAUAUGCUGACAAAACUGUUUUGUUUACAUUGAGUGCAUACACGCAUUUCAGAAUUGCAUUUUUUUCAUACUUCUGUAAAACUACAGGAAUAAAUUGUUUCAAACUGCACCUUCAGAUAUAGUUCAGGACAAAAUUUUAAGGUUUAAUUUGAUAUAAAAUUCUGUUGGAUCUUAGGUUUCAGAAUCUCAAGCUUGCACCGUUGACAUGUACCGGAUGUUUCCAGAGACCAGAAAUCCCACAGUGUGAGGUUAACUUUAGGAGAGGUUUUAAAGGGUCAGUACGGACUUUUUAAAGUGGGGUUUCAUGAGAGGUCAUGAACAGUAUAUUACUUGCUGUAGAAGAUAUGGAGAUUAAUUCUGACCGAACAGUCGAGCGGAGUCGGGAAAGCCCACAUUACCGCCAUCUUAAAACAACUCUAAUCCCAAAUGUGUCAUGGUGGUUCAUGUGAGCUUUAUCUUAGAAACCUUUAAACUGCAGUCCGUUUGGCUUUAGGCGGACAGAUUUUGUGAAUGUUUGCACAAAAAACUGUUGUAUUUCUGGUAACGGUCCUUUAGCUUAACUGUCAGGUCAUUCGUAGAGCUAUCUAUAACAGGUAAGAUACUAACCGUUCAUAAACCUUCAACAGAACUGAAAAAAUUCAACAAUAAAACCAGCAACCCCCAUUAAAAAGUUUAUGGGUUCAGGUUUUUUCUUUACAUUUGUCACCACUCUGUUAUUAUCAACAGUUUUUUAGGGGUGAACCUCAUUUUAAUUAUUUUUUAUCUCAUUGGGUUUAUGUUCUAACACUCUUUUUAAAAAAAAUAUUUAAAAAAGAUAAAAAAAACUUUCCUCCUAAAGUGGAACUAAUCCUGACUUUGCCAGCUGUCCUGAAACUCUCAGUGAGCGAGUGUGUGUGUGUGUGUGUGUGUGUGUGUGUGUGUGUGUGUGUGUGUGUGUGUGUGUGUGUGUGUGUGNGUGUGUGUGUGUGUGUGUGUGUGUGUGGGUGUGUUGUAGUUGCUCGGAGAGAGGUUUGGCAGAUUUGUUGGCUAAAAUUUAAAAAACAAAAGAAAACCAAGGAACCAAACUGAACCGUUUUAACAUGUUUCUGCAUCAAGUGUUUUAAACAUGACGUUUUUUUUUUAUGUAACAGCAUAAACAUUGUAUGUGAAAGUUGACAUGAAAGGUUUAAUGUUUCAAAAACAAAAAUGAAAUAUCCAGUUUUAGCAUGAAAAAGAACCUCAUUGUGCUCUAUUAGCUCCCCGUGUUGGGGCGAAUAUUAUAGAGUUCAUUUAUUCAUUGUUCCUUCCAAGCAGAAGCUGACUGAAGAAAAAAGUUGCCCAAAGCUUUGAGUGGAUAUUUCAUUUUACAAAACAAAAAAAACUUCAUGCAUACUUGAGUCAACAGUAGUGUUGACGUGUCGUUUUUACCACACUCAGGAUUUCUCUUUGAACAGUACUUUUACACCAUUUAAAAAAAAGAAAAACCUCAGGUACAAACCGAUUCAGGAACAUAUCUACUCAGUAAUAAUUGUGGUGCUGUGUUUGUUGUGCGAUUCUGAUCUGUAUUUGACAUUACCAGUAUGCCUCGACUCAAAGACCUCAUUUAAACCUCAGUCAGCCUCAAUUUCUUGAUCUCUCAUUCUACCUCAGCGACACUUAAAAAAAAAAAGACAGAAGAUAUCCGCGCAAAAGUUAAAACCGUCACUCCCGCAGAAGUGAUAUUGUACGUUCAAACACACACAGAAAUGCAAAAGCGGGUUCAUCAGCAGACAGAAGACACGUUAUAAAAGGUUUCAGGGCUACACACCGACAAACAAACACACAAGGAGGUGCUACACUCCAGCAGAGAUGUAAAACUAAAGCAUCAAUAUCAUUUCUUUAACUGUAUCUGAUUAUUAAAAAAAAACUGAAGUGAGACUYGAUUCUCCUGAGAUUUCAAUGCAGCCAAUAGUUUACAACAUCUUGAUGAAAUAUUUGUAUUUUAAAACUUUGAUCCUCAUAAUUUUUUUAAAUCUUUUUCUUAUUUUUACUACAUCAUGUAUUUUGUUUUCCUGACUCUUACACUGUAAAAUKUUAUGUGUGACACUCUUUAAUUCAUGGCAGCAAAUGGCCAGAGAAGUGCUGAAAUACAUGAAAUCUAUGGGCGCCGUUAGCCGCCGCUCGUACUUGACCAACUACAAAAUACGAUUGUACCGAACUGAUGGUGUGUUUUUCAUUGCUCAUCUGUUUCAUUUUGUCUUUCUUUGUUUUUGAUUGAUUGAAUGAAUUUGUUUCUGUCUUUUGAAUUUUGCAGUUUUGCUUUAACGGAUCAUUUGAUUUACCACUGAAACUUAACGUUGGCUCAGUAAUGUGAAYAAUACUCAUUCGUGUUGCAGAACAUUACUCAUUAUUUUCCAUCAGAGCUAUUUUUUUUCUUUUUAGAAAACAAAUGCUUCCAUGAUAGAGUACUGUUUCAGGUGAAACUCAUUUCACCGUCUAUUAGAGAUGAUGUAAGUAAAAAAAAAAGAAAUCUUGCUGUUUUUUACUGUAAAGCAGAAAUCCUCAAAACACAAAGAUAUAAUCAGAACAUCAUUUGUAGAUGGGAGAAAGUGGAAAACGGUGAUCUUGUUUGAAAGUUGGUUAUUGCCAGCUGCCAUUAAAUAGUGCAUCUGCCUGCAUUUUUGUGUGCGCAUGUGUCUGUUAGUGAAAUAUCUUCUGAAUUAGUUGACAGAUUUUCACGAAACGCUCACAAAGAAAUCAUUAGAUGUACAYCUACAGCUGAUUAAGUUUCGAAGUCAACUGGGUUCAAGAUGGCCGCCACAAUUUGUCAACCUUAGCAAACACAAAAAUGGCUAUACGUUAGUCAGCUUUACGGAUGGUGAGCUAAAAUUUAGUGUGGCAGUAGCUGAGAGUCAACCCCAACACAUGCUUUAAGCACAGGGGUUUAAAACACUGGCAUGCAUGGCCUUUAAAUUUAAAUUGAUUCUAAUCUUAACUUUCUGUAACCAGAAUGUUUGUUUAGUCAUAAAAAAGCCAAAAACUGAAAAGACAGGUGUUCCACACAUUUUGUUAUUAAAGAAAAUUACUUAUAGAUGGUUUCAGUCUUUGCACUUACUGUAGCUCAAAGCAAAACUGACCAUAAAUUAUUUUAUAAAUAACAUUUGUGGGCUUCUGUGAUAAUUAACAGAAAUGUCGUGGCCUGCGUAAUGUUGGGAAACUUCUCUUUACAGAAAUAAAAUGUAAUGCUUUGUUUUCAUAAAAGGRAGCCGUUGCCUCUGAAGUUACUGACCUACUGAUAUGGGGAUAUUAAAACUGUUUCUUAAUUUUCUUCACUAUGCUAAUGGCCUAUUGGAUACAGAUGUUGACUCGACAGAACACUUCAUUGUGAAAACGAAUAUUUUUUUUAAACUCAAGAGUUUCAGAUCCACAGUUAACCACRUUAACACCUUUACAAUCUUGGCGAUCGCGUCGCAGCUGUAAACGCCCUCGGGACAUGCUGAAGAUGCGUUUAGGUCCGAUCACUGAGUGCUGUUUGUUUCUCACCACAGCUGACUGUAUGUGACUUAGGCUGCACAUGGUCUUGCAUACCAAGUGGGGAAUCACAAGUGUUCACUUGAGAAGCAGGUUGAGGCGCGUGGUACUAACAUAAACUGAGGCAGAGCUGUUCACUCGGGAUAAAUCUGCCAACAUGCGUGUAAUAAAACCAGAUGGAAGCAGCACACAGAUGAGUUUCUCAGACUGAUAAYGGAACGUAAAAUCUAAGGCAGGCUGUUGUUACAUAUAAUUAAACCACAAAUAUUUCCAACUGGUGGAAAAUAUAUCUAAAGGUGACCACAGUAUAAAAAAACUAGUUUUAAGAAACCUAGAAAGUGUAAUGGUCUGUUUUAACAACUAAUGGAUAUGUAUAGGAAUUAAAUCAGUUCUUCUGAUUCAAAAACAACAUUUCCUCCUAUCUGGGAUAAUAUAUUUCAGACAUCUCAAGUGUCACAUUCUCAAAGAUUAUAUUUUUAGCUCCAAAUUUUCUAAUUUAGUACAAAAAUUGUUAAUUUUUUUUUGCGGGGGGAAUCACAUUUUACAAAUCUAAUGUCCUAAUUUUAAUGUCACCUUUUUGUUUUGGUUUAAAAUGUUACCCUUUUAGAAAUCUAGUCAUAGUAUUUGUAAUCAACAAUGACUUUAUCAGCAAAUACCUUUCUUUGCAUUAUAGAAAUCUAAAAUGAAACUUAUUAGUAACGACUACUGUAAAUAUCUGAAGAUGGAGUUUUUUUCUAGUGAGAAAUCUAUUUAAAAUAUCCACAGUGUUCGUUACAGARAGGGUGUUUUUACAGAUUCUUGAGCUGAAAGCUCAAAUACACCUAAAUAAAAAGAAUAUUUGUUAUAUCUGAAAUGUUGGAUGUAGAUAGGUGGCAGUCUUGAURGCUGAAAUGUUUAUUUUAACAAGAAAAAUCUAAGUUGCUGAUAUUUGCUUUGAAUAUCCUGCCUAUUAUAUGGUAAAUUGGCUUGUCGCAUGUUUUGCAAAAAUGAUGUGUAAAUCUUUCUGUUUUGGAUUUCUGCACUUACACUGACAACUUGAAAUAGUUACUGAAAACACGUCAACGUCCAAGUUUUUUUUUUAUGUUUCACAGUCUGCAUGGUGACCUCUGCGUCUCUUUUAAGUUGCUCUUUACUUGAAUAUCGCUCAUCAUUUACGUUCUAUUUAAGUGUCUUAUUGCCUGAUCUCACCAGUGUGUUGUAUUUCAGUGAUUUCGUGUAUUUCAGCAUUGUUGACUGAUCUGCUGCCAGAUUACAGUUUUUAUUUCAAUGUUGUGUUGACUUUUACCUAYUUGUCCCCAGGACUACCUCUGUAAACCACCAAGCCUGGGUCAUCUCUAGGGUGGGGUGGGGGGGGGCUUUUGGUCACUUAUGGUCAAAGGUGGCUUCCACCGGGGCCUCUGGGUGUUUUGGCGGGGUAUCACRAAAUCUUGAAAUAACUGUCAAACUUGUACUGCAGUAGUCCAAACAUGUCAUCUCACUACAUCCAUGUGACCAUGAGUGAACGAGUCAGCCUGAAAGGUGGCUCUCCGUUCAAACUGAGUCCGUUUUACACAAGCUGUGUUUGGAUAUUUACUCUCUGUUUGGGGACAGUGUUGUUCUGUGAUCUUACUGCUAGUCAUAUAGUUACAUACAGUACUUGAUCUAUUUUCAACUAUUAAAGAAAAAAGUUGAAUUGUAACUUGAGAAAUUAUCUUUGUAUGCCUUGCUUUUUAACACAAGUCUAUAGUCAUGUUAUUGUUGUGUCCUCCUCAUCCACUUUCUUUAAUACAACUCACAAAACCUGUGAUAUAUAUUUUGUUAUGAUUCUUUGUGUUGUGAUUUGUGUUACUUUUACCUCUUUAUCGCUUAUCAAUAAAAUAUCACACUUA